AUGACAUUCAUCAUCCUCCUUUCAGGCUUUCCCAAUGUUCUUGGUGCGAUUGACUGCACCCAUGUGCGCAUCCGGGCCCCAUCCGGCCCUGCGGAGCCAGACUAUGUGAAUAGGAAAUCCUUCCAUAGUCUCAACAUACAAAUGGUCUGUGAUGAACGUUGCCUCAUAUCAAACAUCGAGGCAAAAUGGCCUGGGUCUGCACAUGACUCACGUAUUUUCAGAGAGUCAGCUCUGGCUCGAAGGUUGGCACAAGGAGAGUUCAAUGGGAUUCUGUUGGGGGACAGAGGCUAUCCCUGUCUGCCUCACUUAUUAACCCCAUACAGUGACCCGGCAACAGAGGCUGAGGGAGCAUUGAACUACGCCCAUUCAAAGACCAGGGCCCGGAUAGAGAUGGCAUUUGGCCAAAUCAAGUCCAGGUUUCAGUGCCUUAAAGGACUCCGGGUUGCAACGGACAGAGGGUGUGACAUUGUGGUCGCUUGCACAGUGUUGCACAACAUUGCGACCCUACGUCGGGAGAGGUUGCCCAGAGUCAUUGAAGAGGGCAAUUGGGAACAGGUGGACCCUGCAGGCCACCAAGAACCCCUGGAUGGGAGAAGAGUUAGGGACCUUUAUAAAGACACAUAUUUCAGUUAA